UAUAUAACAAAUAAUUUGAGCCCAGAAUGGUGAAAGAGCAGCGGCUAUUAAGACGAGAUUAGCCUCAAAUACAAAAAAACUUGAAUAUGGUGUUAAGCGCAAAACAUAAGGAUGAACUGAAUUGUGCUAUCGCAGAUUAUCUGAAAUCCUCUGGUUACAUUGAAGCUUACAAUCAUUUUGUCCAAGAAGCUGACUUGCCGUCAGAUAAAGCUAACGACAAGAAAUUUAAUGGUCUCCUCGAAAAGAAAUGGACUUCCGUGUUACGGCUACAGAAAAAGGUCAUGGACCUCGAGUCCAAAGUGACAGAAACUGUUAAGGAGUACGAAGGAGGGCCCACAAAGAGAGAAAGAUCGGCUGAUAACUGGAUACCUCGACCUCCCGAGAGAUACUGUCUUACUGGUCACAGAAUGCCAAUAUCAAGAGUUAUUUUCCAUCCAGUUUACAACGUGAUGGUCUCCGCAUCUGAGGACGGAUCAAUUAAGGUGUGGGAUUACGAGAGCGGUGAUUUUGAGCGUACCCUCAAGGGCCACACUGAUGCUGUGAACGACAUCUCAUUUGAGAGUUCUGGCAAGAUACUGGCAUCGUGUUCCUCAGAUCUCACUAUCCGACUUUGGGACUUUGUGGGGUUCGAGUGUAUUAAAACCAUGCACGGACAUGACCACACAGUGUCCUCCGUGCGGUUUGUCCCCACCGGAGACUUCCUGGUGAGUGCUAGCCGUGACAAGAGUAUCAAGGUUUGGGAGGUAUCCACUGGGUACUGUACUAAAACUCUCCUGGGUCACAGGGAGUGGGCCCGGGUUGCUGUGGUGUCUCCUGAUGGCAAACUCAUCGCAUCUGGUUCUAAUGAUCACACUAUAAGAAUCUGGGAGAUUGCAACGAAAGAAUGUAAAGCCGAGUUGCGAGACCAUGAUCACGUAGUCGAGUGUGUAGAUUGGGCCCCUGAUAACUGCACAGCUCACAUCAACGAAGCAAUACAAUCCGAAAAUCCUCGAGCCGCCAAAUCGGACGGGCCGUUCCUAGUUUCUGGGUCACGUGACAAGACGAUAAAAGUAUACGAUGUUAGCACUGGCAGCUGCAUUAUAUCUCUAAUCGGUCACGAUAAUUGGGUGAGACAAGCGAUCUUCCACCCGAAUGGCAAGAUGAUAGUGAGCUGUGCCGAUGACAAGACCAUCAGAGUGUGGGACUUCAAGAACAGGAGGAGCACGAAGACUAUCCACGCUCACGAACACUUCGUCACAUGCUUGGAUUUCCACAAGUCGGCUCCGUACGUCAUCACCGGAAGUGUCGAUCAACUCUGUAAAGUUUGGGAAUGUCGUUGAUUUUGAAUAUUACCAAUACGUUUCCACGGCGAUUGUAGCCAUGAGAACCGCUAUUUCGAACACGAGAUCUGCACGGGGUUUUACCAAGGUCACGCCUCCAGACUUUUGUAGGAUUUUUCUAUGACUCGCGGCGACGGAAAGGUGUUGUAGUGGUUUGCUUGGGACAUUUUUCUCUAAUACUAUCGUACAUCCCAACUCUUUCUUUUUGUGAUCAGAACGUGAAAAUGUUUUAAUGGGUUUUAUAACUUGUUUGGGCAGUUAUUAAUUUCUAUAACUUGAAAGUAAGUUUGGAGGAUGUUAGUUAAAGUAAGUUCAGUCGUGUUUGUAGUUACAGACUUUCGCAUAAUACCCUGUAACUCUUAUCUACUGAUCCAGCUGUUUUACUUUUAGUAUGUACUCUAAUUUAACGUCGAUUUUUAUUCGUCAUAUGAUUAAGUGUGAAAUUAUUAGGAUGCACAGUCGAUGUGGUUGCGAAAUUUGGUUCAAUUAGGUUGCUCAAAGAAAGAAUGCGGUCUGGUUUGGUAUGCUAUUGUUAAUUGUAGAGAUUCUUGACAUUUCCAUCAAAUUGAAA